UUUUUCUUGCUAGCUAUCAAAAGGUGUUAGCUAUAGUUACUGAAAUCGAAGAAUAUCAACAAUUUGGGUUUUGGUUAUGCGUCAUUAAAAUGUUUGCAUGAUAUAUAAGUAGCUAAUUUCUCUAGUCUUUUGGAGCCUUCUCGUACUAGCUAGUUAACGUUAGCACAACAAAUUAGCUACCAGCUGUGAGCUCAUCAUGUAAUUUCUUGGUUAGCUUUCUCUCAGAGUCUGUAUUUAAUAUAUUAUUAUAUGACUAGGUUUUGAAUUUGGGCUAUGUUAACCUUAAACUUUAUAGCUGGAGUAGUGGUAACGUUAGGACAACUGCUGAAGUGCGACACAUUAUUUUAUCUUACCAGGAAUAUGACUACUUUACUGAACACUAAUUUGUUUUGCUAAGUAAGGUGGGAGUAAAAGAGUGCUGAAGUAUGGCGGCGGAGCAGCAAAGAGGGAUCCGAGUCACUCAAGCAGAGCUUCUCUGCAAGGAUGCGUGUGGUUAUUAUGGCAACCCUGCAUGGCAGGGCUUUUGCUCCAAGUGCUGGCGAGAACGAACCCGUAAAGCAGAGGCGGACAGGCAGGAGACUGGGCCCCACAAUGAUGCAGGUUCUCCCCUCACCUUUUCUAAAUUUGAGGAGAAGAAGAAUAUGGAGAAGGGUCGCAAAGUGAAUACGAUGAGGAGGCUCUUCUGGGGUGGACCGUCCCCUCCUAAACGCCCAGAGUCUUCAGAGGGCCAGGUGGCUACAUUAAAAGCCUAUCAGAGCAUUGAGCCAGGGGAUUUUACCAGCUUCCUGAAGCUGCUGAGGAACCCAUCCUCUCAACGUCUGCAGUCCCGUUGCACUGCUUUCCUCAACACCAUGGAGGCUUAUCACGGCCUGCCAGUGCAGAAGCAAUCUGACCUUGUUCAAGACUUUUACCAGAACAUCGCUGUGCAUUUCAGUAGUCUUUCAGAGAUUCAGGUCUCUCAGAUGAUGGAGCACAUGGAGAAGCUGAUCAUGACGCGUCUGCACAAGUGGGUGUUCUGCCAUGACAGCUGUGACGAUGAAGUGAAAGACUUGGCACUCCAGAGGAGGAUACGGUCCUUAAACUGGGUCACCCCCCACAUGCUGAGCGUGCCUUUCCCUGACGAGAGGGCUGAGGUUGUCAGUGAUCCCUUUCUGCCUGCUAUAACAGCCAUAAUCGAGAUGGAUGCCAAGCGCGCGCCACAGGACAAGCUUACAUGCGUAUGUAAGUGCAGUCAGAAUGUCUUCCAGGCUCUCUCCACUUCCAAUAGUGAGCCAGCAAAUGCUGACGACUACCUGUCUGGCCUGAUUUACGUAGUACUAAAGGCCAACCCACCCCGGCUUCACUCCAACAUGCAGUAUGUGAUCCGCUUCGGCCUCCCUCACAGCCUGAUGGCAGGAGAGAGUGGCUACUACUUCACCAAUUUGUGUUGUGCAGUGGCCUUCAUUGAGAAGCUGGAUGGGCCAGCACUCAACCUAAGCCCAGUGGAGUUUGAGGGCUACAUGCAGGGUCGCCGUGCUCCCUCAAAGAGGGGCAGUGAGAGGCAAAAGAUGGCCAGGGAGACGCAAGACCAACUAGAGGACCUGAAGGGUCGACAGGAGAAGGUGGACCAAGGAAUAAAUGCCCUCAAAGAGCAGCUACAGCAUUGGGUACAGUCUGUCAAGGCACAGAUAGAUGAGGUAACAUCCCAGUCUGCUCUGACACAAGAAGAAAUUAAAGCCCAGUCAGAGUUUUUGCAAAGCCAUUCUGUCUCUACUCUAACACAGGCAGAUGAUGUCAAAGACCAGUCAGUGUUGUUGCUAGAUGGUCAAGAGUCAAACAACAACACUUGUCUAACAGAGGCAGAGUGUUAGCCAUAUUAAGACUGGGGUACAGUGGGAAACCUUUUUACCCUGGUUCUUCAUGCUUGUGUGAGCUUUGUGGGGUAAAUAUUAGUGAGUUGCAGGUGAUUGGCUAAAAUAAGUAUUUAUGUAGGACUAUAGGAAGUAGCUUAAUUGAUAACAGAGGAGGUACCAAAUAAGGGCAUACUUUUUUGGUUCGGUGGGAUCCUCAAAGAGAAACGGACCUCAACAUUCCUUGAUGCCAACUUUGCACACCAAAAGCACAACCUGAUAACAAAUGCCGAUCUUGAAACCAUUGUUAACACAAGCAAUUAUUUUUGCUAUUUGGUUUAACGGGUCACAAAGUGCUGUCAUCUGUUUACAUUCUUGACCUUGUUUAACGUUUCUAAGGUUCUCUUAUUUGUUUGUAUGUUACUCUCUUAUCUACAAGAAAUGUGCUCUUAUAUGCUGUCAGAGAAAAGCUAUGUCUUGCACCCUGAAGUUUAAAUAUCAGGACAGUUGGACAAUUAUUUUUGUAAUUUAGCACUUACUUGGGUAGUGAGCAGACUUACUAUUGAUUGCUGCUAUCAUAUUUCUUAGAUUACUCAAUUAAGAUAAACCCAAGUGCCUUUGCAAAAACUAGUAAUGAAGAUUGAAUAAAAUGUGAAACCUGUUAUUGUAGAACCCUGUAAAGUAGAGGUGGCUCAGUCAAAGUAGAAUACUUUAUUUGAAUGUUUGAUUAUGGAUUACGUCUACUUUCCAAUAUUAGACUGUUGAAGGUAGUUACAAUCCCUUGCAUAUACCUGUUCUUGUUUAAAAGCUGAUUCUAUUCCAUGUAAUCAUUCUACUCAUUAAUAGCACUAACUUUUGUGAAGAACCUUGUUUACAUGUUUUAAAUAAAGUUUCUGAAGAUAAUGAAGAAAUAUUGUUAGUGAAUGUACAGCAGAACCUCUAAUUAAAGAAAAAACAUAAGGAAA